UUCUCUUGCUCUCUCUCUCAUGUCUCUUGUUCUUCCAGUGGACUAACUAAGAAUAUCCAGCUGACUACUUCAGACUGAGUCCAGUUGACUACUUCAGAGUGAGUCAGAGAGUUUUUGGUCGCAGCUCCGUGUGUGAGGAGAGCAUGCCUGUGCGUCCAGCGAGCGGCAAACAUGAACCCCCCCAAACUCCACAGCAGCAGCAGCAGCAGCAGCAACAGCAGUCUCCUUCAACACACACACACGCACGCACACACACACACGCACACACACACACACACACACUCGCUCUCCAGCAGCAGCAGCCGCCGCCGCUGCCGCCGCACUGCCAAGCCAACGGCAGACAGGGGGACAGCUCAGACGGUUCCCACGACGACGGUCGCCGUGCGCCGGCCGGGCUGAUGGAGGAGUUGCCGAGCAACACGGUGGUGGUCCGCAUCGGGAUCCCCGACCUGCAGCAGACGAAAUGUAUGAAGUUUAACGUGGCGGCUCCCAUCUGGCUGUCCAAGCAGCGCAUCCUGUGCACACUGAACCAGAGCCUGAAGGACGUGCUCAACUACGGCCUCUUCCAGCCCGCCCACAACGGCAAGGCCGGCAAGUUCCUGGACGAGGAGCGCAUGCUGAGGGACUACCCGCUGCCCUCCCUCACCUCUGUGCCCUACCUGGAGUUUCGCUACAAGAGGCGCGUGUAUACCCAGACGCACCUGGACGACAAGCAGUUGGCUAAACUACACACCAAGGCAAACUUGAAGAAGUUUAUGGAAUAUGUUCAACAGCGGAUUAUUGAGAAAGUGUCCAAGUUCCUGGAGCGAGGCCUCGACCCUAACUUCCACGACCCGGACUCAGGAGAGUCUCCCUUAACUAUGGCGGCCCAGCUGGAGGGGUGUGCUGAGCUCAUCAAGGUUCUGAAGAGCGGAGGAGCCCACCUGGACUACCGCACCAAGGAGGGAGUCACCGCCCUGCACAAGGCCGUCCGCACCAAGAACCACACCGCUCUCAUAACCCUGCUGGACCUGGGAGCGUCUCCGGACUAUAAGGACAGCCGUGGCCUGACGCCCCUGUACCACAGCGCCAUGGUGGGGGGAGACCCCUACUGCUGUGAGCUCCUGCUGCACGACCACGCCCAGGUGGGCUGUGUGGACGAGAACGGCUGGCAAGAGAUCCACCAGGCAUGUCGCCAUGGCCACGUGCAGCACCUGGAACACCUGCUGUUUUAUGGAGCCGAAAUGAGCUCCCAGAAUGCCUCGGGGAACACUGCCCUCCACGUGUGUGCCCUCUACAACCAGGAUAGCUGUGCCAGGGUGUUGCUCUUCAGAGGAGCCAACAAAGAGAUCAAGAACUACAACAGCCAAACUGCCUUCCAGGUGGCCAUCAUUGCUGGGAAUUUUGAUCUGGCAGAUAUUAUUAAGAAUCACAAAGCAUCAGAUGUUGUGCCUUUCAGGGAAACCCCGUCGUACACCAACCGACGCCGCGUGACCGGCACCCUGACCUCGCCGCGCUCGCUGCUCUCCCGCUCGGCCUCCGACAACAACCUGAACGGAGACGGCCCACGUCCGGCCCACUCGCCCGUCCCCUCGCUGCGCAGCCUGCCCCCCCUGGCACAGCCGCCGGGCACCGGCCCCGACCCCGCCGACGGCAGUCUGCAGAGCACCGGCAGCUCCCGCUCCUCCCACACACACACGCACACACACACACGCUCGCCCUCGCUGCAGCGCGUCUCCGAGGAGCCCGACAAGCACACGCUGCGCCGACACCCGCACGGGCACAGCCGCGGACGCCUCAGCCCCGGGUCGGUCCAGAGAGAGCCCAGCCCGCCCCCCCCGACCCCCGCCGCCCCCUCGGGCGCCCGCGGACCCAAACGGAAACUUUACAGCGCCGUCCCGGGCCGCACCUUCAUCGUGGUCAAGCCCUACGCUCCGCAGGGGGAGGGCGAGAUACAGCUGAACCGCGGCGAGAGAGUCAAAGAAACCCGGGAAGACCGCACUAAGAGGCUGUUCAGACACUACACUGUGGGCUCCUACGACAACUUCACCUCUUACAGUGAUUACAUCAUCGAGGAGAAGGAUGCUGUGCUGCAGAAGAAGGACAGCGAAGGAUUCGGCUUUGUGCUACGAGGAGCCAAAGCUGAGACUCCUAUCGAGGAGUUCUCCCCCACCCCUGCCUUUCCUGCCUUACAGUAUCUGGAGUCCGUCGACGUGGAGGGAGUGGCUUGGAGGGCAGGCCUACGCACCGGGGACUUCCUUAUAGAGGUGAACGGGGUGAACGUGGUCAAGGUGGGCCACAAGCAGGUGGUGUCUCUGAUCCGGCAGGGCGGCAACCGGCUGCUGAUGAAGGUGGUGUCCGUCAGCCGCAAGGCCGAGUCCGAGGAGGUGGUGCGCAAGAAAGCCCCCCCACCCCCUAAGCGAGCCCCCAGCACGACUCUCACACUGCGCUCCAAAAGCAUGACUGCUGAACUUGAGGAACUGGCCUCAGCUAGGAGGAGGAGAGGAGAAAGGCUCGAUGAAAUGCUAGCGUCUCAGGAGGCUAGUCUGAGACCUCAGGUUGAAGCUGAGUACAGAACAGCAACGGUUAAGCAGAGACCAACCAGCCGCCGUAUCACACCAGCAGAGAUCAGUUCCCUUUUCGAGCGGCAGGGUUUGGCUCUGCAUGGAGCGCUGCACCCCGGCCUGGACAGACACAUACAGCUGACUAAAGGCAUGCCCCGUACCAACAGCUUCGGAGCGACAGAGGAGGACCGUUUAUCAGCGCUGGCGGCGGAGCACCGGUUUCCUCGGAGCUCGUCGAUGACGGACACGCUGCGCGAGUCCCACCAUCCCGGCAUCCCGCCCCCUCCCCAGACGGCCCCCCCUCCUCCCCCCUCCCUCUACUACCUGGACACGGGGCCGCCCCCCGCCUUCUGCCCCCCACCCCCACCCAGCCGCCUCCACGACCCCUCGCGUUCCGGCUACCGCCCCGGGUCCGACCCCCGCCUGCACGCCAUCGGCCUGCCCCCCGGGGUUAGCGCCAUUAGCGGUAGCGGCUACGGGCCGACCCCCAUCUUCUCCCGCUCGUCCACCUCGCCGGGCCCCCCGCACCACCAUCCACCGCCCCCCCACUCCGAGCGCCAGAAGAAGGCCCACUCCAUGAUCCUGCUGCAGGACUCCCAGCACCUGUCCAUGGACCCCAGCGGCCUCCCGCGGCAGGCCCUGGCCCAGGCCCCCACCACGCCGCCCGACAAGCUCAAGCGCAAGAGCGGCCGCGUCAUCGACAACCCUUACGCCAACGUGGGCCAGUUCAGCCUAGGCCUCUUCACCCCCCCGACGCCCUCCAAGCCCCAGCGACGGAAGAGCCCACUGGUCAAGCAGCUGCAGGUGGAGGACUCAAUCCAGGAGCGGGCGUCUCUGGCACUGGGCUCAGCACACGGGCAUCACCGGGAGCUGUCGCCCACGGGCAGACUGGCGCCACACCACACCAGCCGGGUGGAGUUCUAUCAGCAGCAGCUGGCAGCCCAGGAGGAGGCGCUGCUGCAGGUCAGCCGCUCCCGCGCGGGGCGAGGCCCGUUUGCGGCAGCCAUUGCCGGCGCGGUGAAGGAUCGUGAGCGGCGGCUGGAGGAGCGGCGCAAGUCCACCGUCUUCCUGUCCGUGGGCACCAUGGAGGGCAGCAGCAGCGGCGCGCCGGCGGAGCCGAUGGCGGGCGACGUGCCCUCGCUCAUCCAGUCGCGCUCCAUGGACGAGCGCAUGCUGACCCGCGACCAGAUGACGACGCCACCCGCCCUGGCCCUGCGCCCCCCCACGCACUCCACGGGCACCACCUUCAUCCACCCGCUGACGGGCAAGCCGCUGGACCCCAACUCUCCGCUAGCGCUGGCGCUGGCCGCACGGGAGCGGGCGCUCAGCUCGCAGGCCCAGUCGCCCGCCACCAGCCCCGAGCCCCGGGCCACGCUCGACUUCCACCCCGAGCACGCACACACCAAAGAGGCGGAGCAGCGGGCGGCCAGCGCGGGAGGCGGAGGGGAGGUGGGCGGCCGAGACUCGCCCUCCUCGUCUUUCUACUCGGCGGCGGGCAGCAAGGUGCAGUGGGCGUCGCCCGCGUCUCUGCGGCGGGAGAUGAUGGAGGAGCGGCGGGAGGAGCGGGCGGAGCGGGCGGAGGACAAGAAGAGCAUGCUCAUCAGCGUCAUGGACACGUCGCAGCAGAAGACCGCCGGCCUCGUCAUGGUCCACGCCACCAGCAACGGCCAGGCCACGGGGCUGGUGCCGGCCGACCCCGCCCGAGCCGCCUCGCCCGCCGAACCCAAACCCGCUACGUCGGCGCCGAGUCCCGAUGCCGCCGCUGCUGCUGCUGCUGCUGCGGGCACCUCCACCCCGACCCGUACGCCCACCCCCACCUCCGCGCCCACGACGACCCCCCCUCAGGCCCCGCCCAGCCCGGCCUCGGAUAAGACGCUGGCGCAGGGCAGCUCGGAGGAGGACGUGGACGCCUACGGGGGCGUGGGCCUGCCGCCGGCCAUGCUGUCGUCCAGCGACGAGGAGACGCGCGAGGAGCUGCGCAAGGUCGGCGUGGUGCCGCCUCCCAACGAGUUCGCCAACGGCCUCCUGGCCAAAGAGCAGGCUGUCACCGCGGCGACCACGUCACCCACGGCGACCAAACCCCUCCCGGCCAAGACCCCCGCUGCUGCGCCUGUGCCCUCUGCCACACCGCUGGCCCCCAUCGGCACGGCAACAGCAGCCGGUGUAGCCCCCACCCCAACGCUCACCCCCACCACCACCGCCGUCUCAGGGAAGCCUCCGGAAGGCCAGCUGGUGGCAGCAGAGUCGGCGGCGGAUUCGGGCGUGGAGGAGGUUGACACGCGCAGCUCCAGCGACCACCACCUGGAGACCACGAGCACCAUCUCCACCGUGUCCAGCAUGUCCACGCUGUCCUCGGAGAGCGGCGACCCCACCGCCGACACCUACAGCUCGCACGCCGACGGACACACCUUCGUCCUCGACAAGCCACCAGUGCCUCCCAAGCCAAAGCUCAAGUCCCAGCUCAGCAAGGGGCCCGUUACCUUCAGGGACCCGCUGCUCAAGCAGUCGUCCGACAGCGAGCUGCUGUCCCAUCAGCAGGCCUCCGCGCUGGCCGCCGUCGCUGCACAGGCCUCCUCCGCCUCCGGCCUCGGCCUCGGGCUCGGGCUGGGCCUGGCUCUGGGCCCCGGCCCCAGCCGGCCCCGCUACCUCUUCCAGAGACGCUCCAAGCUGUGGGGGGACAGCGGGGAGACGAGGGGGGGCGGCGGCGGCAGCCCCAGCCCCGAGGAGGGCAAGCCCACUGUGAUGAGCGAGCUCAGCUCACGCCUGCAGCAGCUCAACAAGGACACGCGCUCGCUGGGCGAGGAGCCGCUCGGCGGAGCCGCUGGCGCACUCGACCCCGGCAGGAAGUCGCCUAUCUCCGGCGCCAGACUCUUCAGCAGUCUAGGCGAGCUCCACACCAUCUCCCAGCGGAGCUACGGCACCACCUACACCAUCCGGCCCGGCAGCCGCUACCCGGUGACCCGCCGCACGGCCAGCCCCGGCGGGGGCUCGCCCGACCGCUCCCCGGACCCGCUGGCGCCGCUGCGCUCCUACGGCCUGUCCACCUCGCCGCCCCCGUCCUCCUCCUCCAUGGCCUCCAUCGCCCACCACCCGCCCCACACCAUCCUCAAGUCCUCCAGCCUGUCGCUGCCGCACGAGUCCAAGGAGGUGCGCUUCGUGAUGCGCAGCGCGAGCGCCAGCGGGCGGAGUCGCUCGCCGUCGCCCUCGCCCGCCGGAGGCGGCAGUGGGCUGGGCUCGCCGCUGCUGCUGGCGCUGCGGCCCUUCCACCAGAAGCCGCUGCACCUGUGGAACAAGUACGACGUGGGCGACUGGCUGGAGAGCAUCAACCUGGGCGAGCACCGCCAGCGCUUCCAGGAGCACGAGAUCGAGGGCUCGCACCUGCCCGCGCUCACCAAGGACGACUUCGCCGAGCUGGGGGUCACGCGCGUCGGACACCGCAUGAACAUCGAGCGCGCGCUCCGACAGCUGCUGGAGAGUUGACCCCUCCCCGACCCUCCCCCCCGCCACACACACCCCCCAUUGCAAAAACCUUCAGAACGCCGGCCACCUCCCACACACACACACACACACACACAUGGAGUCCCAGCCCCGCUAGCAAAUCGCUGCCCCUUCUUAAUUGGCUGCUUUCCCUUCUUCUUUUUCCCGCUCCUUCUCUCUUUUGGCCAUCAGCCAAUCAGAGAGAGUUUGCCUAACUGGAUGUUGCAUGAUCUUAGAAGGGUAACCGUGGUGACCGUAGCUUGUGUCAUUCCCUAUAGGACACUAUAGCUUAGCCUCAUCCACACCUGCUUUCUCUCUAUCCCUCUCUCUCUCUCUCUCUAUUUCUCUAUCCCUCGCUCUGCCACCGCAGCCGCUGAAGCUCUGACCUGCUUGACCAGACCACUGAGGGUCUCGUUGAAGGAGAAUUCAGUUGCCUUUCAGAGUAUUUUUUUACAAAGCCCAGCACUGGUGGACACAUUGAACUGGACUGCUGUGUGUGUGUGUGUGUGUGUGUGUGUGUGUGUGUGUGUGUGUGUGUGUGUGUGUGUGUGUGUGUGUGUGUGUGCGCUGCCUCUGGUACGACGCGUACAUGUGUGUGUGUGUGUGUAUGUGUGUGUGUGUGUGUGUGUGUGUGUGUGUGUGUGUGUGUGUUAGCUGUGCGAGUGUGUGUGAGGGCUGACCACUGUCCUCACACCCUCUCCUGUGGCCAUGGCGAGUGCAUCCAGAGAAUGUUUAACCAACACUAGUGGCUUUUUCAUAAUCAGAUGUUUGCUUUGGAGUUCCAGAGAGACUGUGAGAGCAGAUUUGAUCCCUCGUGUACUUAGAGAGCUUUGAGAACGGAGUGAUGGGACGAAAGGAGAGAAACAACAGACCACGACACAAAUCAAACGAACUGAGAGAAAGAGCUCAGUCUCCUGCUUCUAGAUGAAGAGUAGAAGACAACUGUUUAUUCCACUGAUAAUUAACUCAUUUUUACCAGUUAUAUACAUACAUAUAUAUACAUAUAUAUUUGAAAGAAAAGAAGUAUAUAGAUAUAUGAUUAUAACAUUUUGUCAUAAAUAUAUGAAAAGAAACUUAUAUAUGGUAUUAUACAUUAAUAUAAAAAAGGCUACUAUGAACAUGAAUUUUCCCAAUGGUCAUCCCUUUCUGGACCGAAGCAUGAAAACUUGCAUCAGUUGUUGAUAUGUUGACAGAUUUGGAUUUGAUUUUAUUUACUGGCUUUGUUUGAUUGUAUUUGUUUGUUUGUUUGUUUUUGUGAAACCUUGUCUUCCGUCUCCCUUGAGGGUGUCCCAAAGUGACGCCACAGUGAACUCUGACCUCUAAUGACCUCAUAGCCUCUUGGCGGCUGGGUGUGUUGCCGUGGAGAUACGCGUCGUCAGUGAAGUGCCCUUUACCAGCACGGCAUAGAGGAGACGGACACACACUCCACACCACUCAGCCCAGCUCAGCCCUCCUCUCUCUCUCUCUCUCACACACACACACACACACACACACACACACACACACACACACACACAUGGGAGACUGGGUGAGGGCUGGAGAAAGAGUCCUGCAAUAACCAAGGAGCCUUCUGAGCCGAGGAGAAGGAGAUAAUACAAGACUGCGUAUGAGCCUCUGCACACACACACACACACACACAAACAUACGCACGUGCACACACACAUCCACACCCACAUGCAAACACACACCACAUACGAACAUAAACACACACAUAUUCAUGCACAAACACUCUUAUAUACAAACACACUCAAACAUAUUCUCCUCCACUGUUCUUUCUGACCUGUUCAUAUACCUUCCAACACACACACACACACACACACACACACACACACACACACAUGCACACUAGGGCAUGAGAUCUCCUGUGGCACUAGAGGCUGCCUCAGAAGGGUCUAAACACACUCCAGACCUGAUCUGCAGAGGCCACUGUGAGUGGCCAAUUCAUUUGGGCUAAAUUAUACCUUUAAUAACACGCUUUUUUGCUUUUCCAAUUAUUGUUAUUAUUGUUUGUGGUCACUUAUGUUGUUUUUAUUUUAUUUUUUUCUUUUGUUUUGUUCCCAUGGUUGGAUUUUGUAGCUUGUGAAAUCUAAUGCUAUAGAGGAUGACUUUUUUUAAACGGUUCACCUAGUCUGAAUUUUAGAAUGAUCAAAUCAGCAGAAAAGAAGGAGAUCUCCUCUGAAAACUACUUACAGCUGUAUAUAUGGACAGAAAUGACAAAUAUUUGCUUUUUAUAUCAAUUACAAGCAAUGUAUAUACAAUAGUUUUCAUAUAAAUUUUUAAAAGUAAAAAAAAUAUAUAGAUCUAUAUAUGAAUGUUUGGCAUAUAUGCAUAGUUACCCACCUGUGGAAAAGGGGGAAGAUUUUAUUCUUUCUACGAACUCUGAUUUAGGGGAUGAUUUGCACAAAAUAAGGUGCUAGCAUUCAAGCCAUCCAUCGUCAAAGCGCUAACAUCCUGCCAUGUCCCGCCUCCUACUGUUCAGAAACACACACACACACACACACACACACACACACACACUCACAUGCAUCCACACUCUCUCACAAACACACACACCCUCUAUGCCACGCCUGUUGACCUCUCAUCCCACAUAGCUCUGUUCCCUUCUGUGAUUGGCCCUGACUGCUUUCAUCUCUGCGUCUCAUUGGCCAUCACUAAAAUGUGACUCCCAGGGUCCCACCACCCUGAUCAUCAUGAGAGGUCACUGGCCGAUACCGGCGGCUGGGCAGUUCCAGCUCGCAAGCUCCGUGUCUCUCGUGGGUGUUCACAAGAGCUUCAGAGUUCCCACUUUCAGGCAACACCAAGUCCCAACGCACUUCAUUCAGAAAGCAUGGGAACUCUGCUUUCUUCCUCUCAAUCACCAUUCAUGACCUGGCAUGAACCUGUCAGCGUGUGUGUGUGUGUGUGUGUGUGUGUGUGAGUGUGUGUGUGAUAUGGCGAGUGUGUGUGUGUGUGUGUGUGUGUGUGUGUGUGUGUGUGUGUGUGUGUGUGUGCCUUUGCCCCCUGUGACUGAAGCUCUCUACUUUGUAGCUAUGGUCAUAUGAGCCCCCCCCCCCCUAUAUCAGCUAGGGCACAAACACACACACACACACACACACACACACACUUCCUCGUAUGUAGUGUACUCCGCCCCUGACCACCAAUAGAACUGUGAUCCCACAUCAGCAUCCACCCCACGCCACCCCACCCCACUCAAUCCACUCCAUCAGUAACUCCACAUGCUGUGAGCAUAAGCAUCCAUUGCCAAGGAAACCGUCUCAUGCCAUGUGUGUGUGCCUCUGACUGUUUUCUGGAGGCUUGGUCCUUUGUUUGUUUGUUUGUUUGUUUGGCUGUGAUAUAGACUGCACCUCCUGCUGUGACUUUACACUCCUCACAGCGACACUGUGGCUCAUCCUCCCUCAUCACCACACACACACACACACACACACACACACACACACACACACACAGCACACACACACACACACACUGGCGGCCAUCUUGAGCCCCUCCUAUGUGGUGCUCUGCUAUGUAACUGUGACUCUAUGCUGUUGCCAUGGUGAAGGCUGUAGGGAAGAGAGCACACAGCAGCCGGUCCCUGGACCUGUCUGGGCCGGACGUGGGCCACAUUUUGGGGCCAGAGAAAACUACCAUCAGGGAACCCAGAGCUCACAAGAGCAGCGGCUGCCCCAUGAAUACCCCCCCCCCCCCCCCCAUGCCCCAUUAACAACCCCUACGCCCCCUUAACAACCCCCUUGCCCAGACACAACCAGUCGCCCAGCAUCAGGACCACUAGCCUCCCGGCUGACUGACCUUAAAGACCAUCAGACCACAACUCACCUCCCUUAACAAUCACCACUAAACUCCCAACGUCAGGACCUCUGACUGCCCCAACACACGCCCUGCCCUGUCAGCUGACACACACUCGCAAUGUCCGAGCCAGUCCAACAGGUGGCGUGAGUCCACCAGCUGCAGACCACCGCACAGAGGCUCAGACACAGGUGACAUAUUGGCCAUCCAUGUGAUAUGUGUUUGACUAUAGCACACCUGCCCUUAACCUACAUGGGGACAAGUAUCUAUGAGGAGCUCAGUGUUCAGAUCACCCUAAAUACCGCCCUGCCCCCCUCCAUGCACACACACACAGACACACACACACACAUAGAGGAUCGACCUCUACUGAUACGGCAGCAGAAGCUUGUGAGCCUGCUGUGGGUAUAACUGUGAGAUCACUGACACACACACACACACACUAGCAUUUACCAUCUCACCAAUGAAGACAAAUGUGAACCACAGUCCAUCUAAAUGCACCCCCUUCCUUGCUUUCUUCUUCUUUUAUCUAUUUAUUUCAAAUCUCCUGUAUGUAAUGGAGUGAUAGCUGAGAAAAAAGGACAAUGUGCCAAAAAGUAAAACUUUUAAUUGUUCUUUUUUAAAAAAACAAAAAAGCUUUUCUUUUGGACUCUUUCUGUUGAGAUGUUUAAGCUGUUAGAAUCAGCACUAUGGUGCCACCUCCUGGGAAUCUUGAGUACUGCAGGUUAGCUCAUACACUGGAUGUACAGCAUUGACACUUUUUUCGGUGAGAAAAAAAAAAGAUUCAGAUACAUUUUUAUGUUUUGUAAAAGAAUAUACAGACCUGAUUGAUGAUUUUAUGGUAUUUUCAUCUACAUUUUUAUUCCUAUUUUGAAUUAAAGUAUUAAUGUGAUUUUUCGCUUGAAGUACAUGAAAGGUGUGAC